AUGAGUUCCCUCAAAGAUGCUCUAAUACGUGUAUCUCGUGUUGCACGGAAUAUAGAGCAGGCUAAGCUGCCGCUUCGACCGCCUUCACAGCAUACAAAAUCAGUGAAGAGCUCACAGUUCAAUGAACUACCGAGUCGAGAACGCAUUUCAAAAAAGGAGCUCAAAAGAUACAGAGAACAACUCAAGGGCUUCCAGAAGAAGCGAUUCCAAAGCUUUCUUAAACCGCUUAAUAUGCCCGAGUUGAAGAUAUUCGAUGAAGAUUUACCCAAGUACGAUUCUGCCAGAGCAGAGGCCAAUCAUGCAGUGAAAUCCAGCAAAGACAGGGUAGCGGUGUUCAAUACGUUCCUUUCUGAAAGGUUCACCUUCAACAAAAUGCUUGAUUUUUUGGUCCAGCUUACACCACAGCAUCUCAAGUGUGAGAAGACAGUGAGUGAUCCAGCAGCGUUGGGGAAUGUCUUGAAACAACAAGAUGAGGAGUUCAGGAAAAACAAAUACGACGUGCCCAGGUACCAUUUUGGUGAGGUUCCACCGUUUCCCCAACCGCUUACCAAAGAGUCGUUUCAAGAAUAUAUCUUCUUCCUCACCCACGUCAGAAUGCCAUACAAGAACUCAUCCUCCCUCCUAAGUGGUGUCAUUCCCGAAAUCCUUUUAUACACACAUUCAUUGAAAAACGAUAGCUUCAAAGAGCUCCGAUCAGUCGAAACUUACAACUACCUCAUCAAGUUCUUCGGCUACGACAAGUUCCAGGCAUCUUUUGCCAAAGAGCUUCUACUCGUCAUGGCCGCCGAUGGAAAACAGCCCAACCUUGAAACGAUCAAUGAACUUUUAAAAAUCUGCAGAAGCCAUUCUACGCGGCGGUCGCUUGUCAGCUCAUACAGUGUGAUUUUGAGAUAUCUCAGUCUUAUCAAACGCAUGGACAUUCCCGUGAACCUCACCACAUGGGCCAGAAUUUACGAAUGCAUCACGAAUAUUUUCUUGAGGGAAGUCUACGUCAAUAAAAUGUCCUCAAUCAAUUUGCCCAUCCUGAGCCACAUGUGUGUCAGGAUUCUCGAGGACUUCUGUCAAACCACUCAGGAUACACAAGACGUUGUGGACUUUUUGUGCAAUGAGCUUAGACGUCCAGGAUGGAGAGAUGACCCGAGAUUGGCGGAGAAAGUCGUGUUGCACAUUGUUUCCAAAGCCAAGAACGCCCUAGAGCUCAAACCAGCAUUUGAUCUUCUUAAUGAAGUUGUUAUUGAUGAGACAACGAUCAAUGCACUCGCAAAAGAGGUCUACCAGAACGAAAAGUUGAACAACCGCACACUUGUCCUUUUGUACAUAUACACCCGCUUCGACAAGUAUGUGAAUGCUCAAUCUCCGGAGGUGCUCGGCAACUUCAUCAAAGCCAUCACUACAGAUGAUAUCGCGCUUUCACAGGCUAACUUCCUCCUCCGAUGCAUCGUGCACGAAGAUUCGGUACAAAAGUUGAACUUGCCGGUUGAGUUUAACAAGCAUGCCGAUUUAGGGAAGCCCAAACCCAGAAAUCAUCAAUUUCCCUACCCAAUUCCCACGUCAUGCAUUCCGGAGCACUACAGAAUCAUGAAGAGACUCACAGGCGACCAUAUGACGGAUUUCGAAGCUCGUGUGAUCCAUAACCAAGGUGACCGGCUUCCUAUACCGUGGGAUCCCUUGAGUGAAAGCGAGAAGGUCAAAUGGGGAGAGUUCAAAGAAUUGGUGUCAAAACUGGAUCCAUUUUGGUUGGAUAUUGCAACUAUUACUCGCGACCUCGGGCUUGAGAUGGCUGCGAAAAAUACCCCACCGCAUCUUAUCAAGGCAUACAGAAAGCUCAAUGCCAUCAAUACAGGCAUCAGUCGCGAUAUUAAUUUGGUCCACAGACUCAAGGUUGGUCUUGAUGAGCACUUGAAAAAGGAGCUAGAGCAGCGUAAAAUCCGCUUUAGCCAAUAG